AAGGUCGCUUGCUGCCCCUGAAUCAACGCCAGCGAGUAUUCCCCAAUGGUUCUCUGGUGAUCGAAUCUGUGCAGCCAAAGGUUGAUGAUGGCCGGUACAGCUGCGAGGUUACUUCCAGUCAAGGCACACCGAUUUCUCGAUCGUUCCGCAUCCUGGUUCGAACGGGACCAAAGGUAGCCAGUUUUGCAUUUAAAGAUAACCUCCAUGAAGGAAUGUUGACUGCUGUAACUUGCAUAGUUGAUGCUGGAGAUGGCCCGCUCACAACCCGGUGGUUAAAAGAUGGUCAAAUUCUAAUGGAAGAAGACUUAGAUGCUGCAGUAUUGUAUGCGCAAGAAGGCUACGUGUCCACACUCACUAUUAAAGCUCUGGAAUACAAGCAUAAUGGCAACUACACAUGUGCUGCAACGAAUGACGUAGCAACAGGUUCUUACAGCGCAGUUUUAACAGUUAAAGUACCACCACGAUGGGUUUUGGAACCAAAUGAUAUAACGGCGGUCUCUGGGCGUCCAGCAAAAAUUAGCUGCCAGGCAGAUGGUGUACCACAUCCACAUAUCAGAUGGAAAAAAGCUACAGGUCAUCCGCCAGAACAAUUUAAAACAAUUGUAAGCAGUUCCCAUGUGCAUAUCUUGGUGAAUGGAUCACUGAAUUUUCCAAGCGUGGAGCCAUCAGAUGAGGGAUAUUAUCUCUGCGAGGCAAAUAAUGGCGUUGGACCAGGCCUUAGUACAGUCGUUCGUCUUACAGUGCAUAGUGCUCCUCAAUUUCAGUCUAAAUUUAAAGUACUUGGAGCUAGGAGAGGAGAAAGAACAAUCAUUGAGUGCAGUUCUUAUGGUAACAGACCAAUGACUUUUAUUUGGCGAAGGCAAGGUGUUAUUAUAGAGCCAAUAACAGAGCCAAGGUACAGGAUGAUGAACGAAGAGCUGGGAGAUGGAGAUAGAACGAAAUUGAUUAUCGAAAAAGCUGAGAGAAAGGACUCUGCCUUGUUCACUUGCACCGCUAUUAACGAUUACGGUGAAGAUUCCAUGAACAUUCAAUUAACAGUGCAAGAUAUUCCAGAUGCCCCACAGAAUCUAGAAGUACAUGAUAUAUCUAGCAGGAGCGUAAGGCUGACUUGGAAUAAACCAUUUGAUGGUAAUUCUCCUAUAUUGCAGUACACAGUCAUGUGGAGGCAAAUAAAUGAUAAAAUAAACGAAGAAACUUUUUUAGGUGAAAUAGCUGGAGGGCCAGUGACAAUUCCAGGAUCCGAAACGACGCUGACGGUUCGUGGCCUCAGGCCCAAGACCAGGUACUUCUUUCGUGUGAAGUGCGAAAAUUCUUUGGGGGAAAGCCAGUUUGGAGCUGAAGUAGCAGCUACCACUCUGGAAGAACCUCCAAGACAUGCACCAGAAGAUGUAAAAGCCAUUACUUUAUCAUCGAGAGCCAUAAAUGUUACAUGGAAAAUACCAUCAGAGGAAGAUGGAGGAAGUAUCGAAGGAUUUUACGUCGGUUACAAACUGUACGGCAGUCCUGAUACUUACACGUUCAAGCCAGUCGAUUCAAUAAAAGGCAGAGAACAAUAUUUCGUUGUAACAAACCUCAACCGGUUCACGGAAUAUAAUAUUGUGGUGCAGUCAUUCAACGCUCGUGGAGCUGGACCCCCAUCUGAAGAAGUUACAGCAAGAACCCUGGAGUUUGAUCCUCCCGGUGUUCCAGUAAUAAAGACAUAUUAUGCCACAUCUACUGCGAUCAAAUUAACGUGGGAACUUAACGUCCUUCCUAGUGCUCCAGUUUCAGGUUAUAUUUUGCAUCACCGGUUAGAAGACAAUCACUGGCAAGAAACUCAUCUAAAUGGAGACAGAACUGUGUACACAUUGAGAGAUUUGCAAUGCGGUUCAACUUACUACAUUUAUUUAGUUGCCUUUAACUCUGUUAGUCAGAGUAACAGCAGUGAGAUAAUAUCAGCUAAGACCAAUGGAAAUGCUCCCAUUGCUCCUGAUAAGAGAAUGCUGCUAUCCGUCAACAAAACGACCGUGACUGUCAACCUCAACAGCUGGCAUAAUGGGGGAUGUCCCAUCACAUUCUUUGUCAUCCAGUACAAGGCAGCUGGACAUCAUGAAUGGACACUGGUUAGCAACAACAUUAUUCCCGAACAACAGACCAUUACGAUAACUGACCUCACACCAGGGGCUUGGUAUUCUUUGUUGAUGACAGCGAGAAAUGAUGCGGGAUCUACAGACGCAGAAUACGUCUUUGCAACACUAACGCUCACUGGCGAAUAUCCCCCACGACCAUCAGAAGUGAGUGAUGUAAAUGGUUCCUUUUAUCGCCACUUGACCAUCACAGUCCCAGUGGUUAGCUCAACGAUAGUUCUCGUUGCUGUGCUGUGCGUGGUCUGCAUCAUCACUAGAAGAAGGACAUCCGGACGCAAUCCCAGGACACAAGAUGGCACAGAUUCAAGAGAGCCUGUGAAACCAGAUAACAUGCCUUUAUCAGUGACGUAUGACAACAGUCAAGAGCCAACGUACUAUCCGUCCCCUUAUGCCACUAGUAGUGCUCCUGGAUAUAGCAGGGAGCAAUGUGUACAGUCCAGCCACCAACAAAACAUGGGGACAUUCGGCAGCGCUCGAAGCGGAUACGCGUAUGACAUACCUUAUCCACAAAGAAGAGUGGAAAAAUUUGAAUCAAAUUACCAAUCUUCAAUAGUCUACUUACCAGCAUAUCACCAUACAGGGUCUCAACUACGGAACCACCAGGAGCAGGCAAUUUACGAGGUUCCAGAUUUAGGAAGGAGGAAACAAGAACGUUCCCGGUCUUGGAGAGAAGCUGGAGACGGCAACUCCAGCGCAGGUUCUGAUGACAACGAGGACGACCUCGUACUCUCUUCCAAAGACAGAAUGUACAGAGAUGAAGCUAGAGAAUCCGAGACGGAAUGCGACAGGCUGUGGAAAAAUUUCGAAAGCAGUCAAUAUGAAGAAACUAAAAGGUGGUCCUCCGACCACGAAAGAGUUGUCCUCACAUAAAGCUGUAUCUUGCGAAUAUCGAAAAAUAAUAUAUGAAAGACAGUAUUUCAAAACAUGUUUUUAAACGCAUCAUUCAAGAUUAGAUAUAAAGAAGGAUUUUACUGGUGCUAAAGACGUGAUGAAAGAAAGUUCAUUGAGUGUACAUAUAAGAAUAUGCUAUGUGUACAAAAAUUUUGUGAAUAAAAAUGUUUUUCAUUUGUG